UUAGGUAAAACCCUGGGAGCUCUGUGUGGAUUAGAGUAAUCCAGCUUGUCCUCCAUACGGUGGACACGGCUGCUCAGUCCUCAGUCUGCUCCGGUGAAGAUGGCUUCUCGUGCUCGCUGGGCGUUCCCUCUGCUGGUGCUGGGCCUUGAAGUCCUGCUCUGCUCUCAGGCUCAGGAGCUGGGUGCCCCGGAGACCUGGAGCAACAGGGCGUGUAAAUGUGACUGUGAGGGAGGUUCCCCCCCAACAGAGUUCUCCAGCCUACUGUCCAAACCCCCCAUGGUACGAGGAGUGGACUGCAUGCCAGAAUGCCCCUAUCAUCGUCAGCUGGGCUUCGAGGCUGGUUCUGUGAGUCCGGACCAGAUCACCUGCUCUAACCAGGAGCAGUACACGGGAUGGUUCUCAUCCUGGGUCCCCAACAGGGCCCGACUCAACAACCAGGGCUUUGGGUGUGCGUGGCUCUCCAAGUUCCAGGACAACAGCCAGUGGCUGCAGGUGGACCUGCGGGAGGUGAUGGUGGUGUCGGGCCUGCUCACACAGGGCCGCUGCGACGCCGACGAGUGGGUCACCAAGUACAGCGUCCAGUACCGCACCGACGAGAAGCUCAACUGGAUCUACUACAAGGACCAGACCGGCAACAACAGGGUGUUCUACGGUAACUCGGACCGCUCCUCCUCCGUGCAGAACCUGCUGCGGCCGCCCAUCGUGGCGCGCUACCUGCGCAUCCUGCCGCUGGGCUGGCACACGCGCAUCGCCCUGCGCAUAGAGCUGCUGCUCUGCAUGAGCAAGUGUGUCUGAGGCCCCUCCCCCUGGCCGCCUCAACCUUCACCCCUCCACCUGUCCACUCCCUCAUCCCUCCACCCUUCAUCGCUCCUCCCCCUCAUCCCUCCCCCCUUCAUUAAUCCGUCCUUCAUCACUCCACCUUUCAUCACUCCACCCUUCAUCUGUCUGGCCCCUCAUCCCUCCUCCCCCUCAUCCCUCCACCCCCUCACCCCUCCACCCUUCAUUAAUCCAUCCUUCAUCCCUCCACCCCCUCACCCCUCCACCCUUCAUUAAUCCGUCCUUCAUCACUCCACCUUUCAUCACUCCACCCUUCAUCCCUCCUCCCCCUCAUCUCUCCACCCCCUCACCCCUCCACCCUUCAUUAAUCCGUCCUUCAUCACUCCACCCCCUCAUCCCUCAUACCUCCACCCAUCAUUCUUCAUCCCUCCACCCUUCAUCCUUCACCCCCCCCAGCCUAAAAUCUCUCUUUUCCUCAUCCCUCGACCCUUCACCCCUUCAUCAGCCCACCACCUCAUCCCUCCAUUCCGAGGCAUUAUUAUCAAUUAUUCAUCAGUAUUAUUAUUCAUGUAUUCAGUUGCGUUCCUUCUGUAUGUCGUCACGUCGUGUGUGUGGUUGUUAUUUCCCUUGAGAUAGAAUGACAUAUUCGUCAACUCAUGUCAGGGAUUUGUAAAGUACAUCUUGUGGUAUGUUAGUUUAUUGACUCACUCUGUUAGUUUCUUUUGUUUUUAUUUAUAAUAAGCACCACCAACAUACAAUAAUAUGUUUUUUCUAGUGCAACUCUUUGGAACCACUGUCAAAACUUUUUUCAGUUCAAUUAAAACGAUACUCCCGGCUCUUAUGCCAUGAGUCGGACUAGGAAUAUGCAAUGGUCGCUAGCUAUUUUAACUGUUAGCUAUUUCAUUAUUUGUGUUAAUACAAACUCUUUUACACCUCUUUUGUAGUAACUUUCUUCCUUCUUCUUUAAUUUCUGUUCUUUCUUCUUGUCUUAAAUUAUGACCUAUUGAGUAAUGUUCUGGUUUGUUUCUUUUUCUUUCUUUCUAUCUCUCUAUCUUUUUUGUGUGAACGUUUUUUUUAAAUUUAUAUCGUUAAAAUGCAAUCAAGAUUUCUUUUGUCAGUUGAUAUUACAGUAUAGUGAUCGUUCUCGGCUGUGUUGUACUUGAAUGUUUGUGUUGUGGUCAUUGCGUGUCAAGGCAGUGACAGUAAUGCCUCCAUUUAUAUUUCUGUGGUGCUUUGGAAUUUGCUUCAAAUUUCAUCCGCUGGAAAUUCUUAUGUUUUAAAACCUCUCCUCUAUAAAACAAAGAAACACACAUGGUGGACCCUGCGCUGUCUCUUUAUUGUACAAAUUCGGAGAUCCAAAUAAAUCAACCAUCGGAACCGUUUAAAAA